AUGUCGUGGAAGAAGCUCGUCAGCAUGACAAACCACGUCGACUGGGAGGCCGACGAUGAGGCCGAGGAUCCCAAGUCGGACCCUGGGCUGAAGAAGCGGUACCGCCUCACCUUUAAUGUGUCUUUGAGCGCUUCCAGGGUCAGGGCUAAAGCCUGGCGCAGCAGGUCUACUUGCAAAUGUGAGCCGAACAACAACAAGAAGAAGAAGAACAAGGAGGAUCAUGACGAUCCCAAGUCCAACAACGAAGCUCAAGACAGCGCCGUGCCCGACAAGCACAUCUGCUAUGCAUGUGACAAAGUCCGAUCGGACGCGUACCACGAGCAAUAUCCGCUGGUGCCCGGCAAAGAGUCCAUCCCCAGUCUCUGCACCGGGUGCCGCCGCGACCGGCAAGAGAGCAUCGAGGCUGGCGCUGCCGCCGGCGACAUUAAUCUGCAGCAGGCCCAGAUUGACGAGUGGCAGUGGUGCACAACCUGCGGCAACCUGCGCUCGGACGAGUACCACGCCAUGUACCUGUUCAACAACAGGAAGAUGCCGCCCUGGGCUGAGAUCUGCGGCAAGUGCAUGAUCAUCGAGAAGGGCAGGACGAGGACGGCCUGGCUUCGGUCGUUCCUGGCCGCGCAGAUCAACAACAUCAGUAAGGGACGCAAACAUGGCCCCCUGCGCCGUCGGAGCCGGCGCAAUCCCCUCAGGCCGCCGGACUCCUCGCCUCACACCGAGGGCAAUCAUUCCGCAGACCACCUUCCAAAGAAGGUCGAUGAGCCCAUUGACAACAAAAAUCAAGGAGAAGGAGAACAGCGCCGCGGCGCCGUGAGUGGCAAUCACGAAACUCACGCGGAGGAAUCUUCCCACGUUCACCACCACCACGACGAAGCCUCGAAGCGCCCUCAUGUGCAGCGAAGUUUCCGGGGGGUUACCUGCGAGACAGACUCGUCGGAUGAAGAGUGGGAAAACAGACAGAGAGAGCGGAAAGAGCAGCGAAAGGCUCGCAGGGCCCACCUCGAUUCACAAGCCGAUCGCGCUCUUCGUCGUCUGAGCGAUCUGCGUGACCACCUCUACCCGCUGCUGCGGGAGCAGAACUCCCAGCAAUCCUCCGCCCCGGUCGCCGCCUCCGACACGGAUCAUGGUGAUCAUCAUCAUCAUCAUCAACCCGAGAGUAAGGCGCCUCCUCCUCCUCCUCCUGAGGAGGGACGGAACAACAACAACAAGCCGUCCGCGGCGGCGCCCAAGGUAGUCAUCUCCGACACGUACAGCGCCCCGGAACUCUCGCCGCAAGACCAUGACCAUCAUCAUCAUGAUCCCAAAGAGGCCGAAGUCAAAGCCGAAGCCGAGCUGUGCUACUCAGCCCACGCGUCCGACGCAGACGUCGUCGACCCGCUCCGCGACAACCCCUGGGUCUCGGACACUUUUGUCUGGGCGCCCCCUCCUCCUCCCCCCCCUCCUCCUUUUUCUCACUCAACUACUACCCCGCAUCGCCACCACCGCCACUCCACCGGCGGUAAUGCUGAUCAUGACGAUGACGAUGAUGAUGAUCAUGGUGAUGGUGAUGAGUUUGUGCCCUGCUACACUCACUGGUCGCCCAUCUUCAACGACCGCAGGAAGGUCUGGGAGGUGGAUUCCGACGAGGAGCGCGAAAUUGAGAGGAUGCGGGCGCUGCUUCAUCUUGGUCUUCACGAUGAUAUGUGA